CAAACUUCCGGUGAGGUGCUGACCGAUUGAAUCUGACCUAGUAAGUCUAAUAAUUCAAUCAUUAUCAUUGCAAAUGGAAACGACACGUGAUAUGGAGGAUAUUACCAACUCUUUGUAACUGAAAAAAGGUUAAACGAAGCCAAAUCCAGCAUCAGUAUGAAGAACAUUGUCUCCAAUGUGAUGACUACAUCACAGAACCUCAUCAGUAGCAUGGAGACCAUGAACGACUAUCAUGAUGGCAAAGAACAAUUCAAUAUUGUCUCCAGCAUCCGCAGAAAGGUGGUCCUAGUAAACUAUGCUGCAAUGAGCUAUCUUCUCUCCUUCACUGUUAUUUUGCUGUUUGUCUCAAAUUACUUGACCAUACCAUUUUAUUGUGUGAUUCAGCAACGAUCCCCUGACGGAUUAUUCUACUAUAAAGCAUUUAGCUGGUUCCUUUUAGUGAACUUCUUCAUGAACUAUGGACUGAUAUUGCAUGGAGCAGUGAAAUCUUUGUACUGCUCCCCAAAUGACCUUCCGUUGUUUAAUGCAAGAGUACACGAGGACUGGGGCAUGUGUCAGCGAUGUGACCGCCAGGUGCCCGUGCGCACACGACACUGUAAUAUUUGUGACCGAUGUGUUUUAAAGAGGGACCACCAUUGUUACUUCACUGGUAGUUGUAUUGGCUUCUAUAACCAGCGCUAUUUCAUCUGUCUGGCAUUUUACAGCAUGGCGGGGGCCUUGUAUGGGUUCUACUUCCUAGAGAACUACCUCAGUGCGUCCUAUGUUACACUGUUCAGUGUCGAGUUCUAUAAGUACUUCAUCCCUUACACCAUGGUUCUGUGGUUACUGAGACUGCAGGACUUCGGGACUGUCCUCCUGGUCCUGCUCUUAUACCUGACCUUUGUUGGGUUCGGAGGGGGAUGUUAUUUCUUUUUCUGGCAGUGCAAUCUUAUCCUGACUGGUCAGACCAGUUACGAGUUAAUGAAGGGUAAAAAGACGUUUCAAACCACCCCACGGAAUCACUUGAGGUCAAUAUUUGGGCCACAUUGGUACCUGAAUUUUUUAUUUCCAAUGCCAUUCUUAAAAAGUGAAGAUGAUGGGAUGUCAUGGAAUACAACAUCUACAAAAUUUUUGUGAAACAAAUCAUGAAUACUAGCUAGAAAGUUGUUAUUCAUGUCUACUCGCUAAUGAAACAUUUCACAGUUGUAUUUAUACAACUCAUCAAUAUUACACGACUCUUUCAUGCCCAGGGGUGUAGG